AUGGAGCAGGACUACCAGGUCUCCAUUGCCCGUGCCCGCCAAGCGGACAACGAAAGCCGUGCGCGGCGCCGCGCGCUGCGCAAUGCGCAGCAGGAGCGGAUAUUUAUGGCCCGAGACGCCUACGCGCACAGCUGCUUCUUAAGCGACGUCCGUUUCCACAUCUCUCGUCACUCCAUCGCGGAGGAGAAUAUGAUGUACACGCUGCGCACCACCGCGGCGUGCUGGGCUGACGUGUGUGACCGCGCGAUCACCCGACAACUCGACAUCGAGGCGGCACAGAAGAACCAUACCCGCCGCGAGGAUGACUACCUCGAGCACACACGCCAGCGCGAGGUGUUGGAGCAGCAGGUCACGGAAGAGAGCGACAUGACGCGGUGGAGGGAGUUGAAUGUGCGCCAUGCUGCGCGGAUGCGUGCGAUGUGCACGCAAGCGGUGGAGGACGCCGUGGCCGACAUUUGGUCCCGCACGUCGCAGUGCCUCACAACGUUGCACGAGUCUCGCCUGGACCACGCUGGUACCGAGCUGCUCGUUGCCUUGGCCGCAGACACGUCGUUGCUUUCCCCUACGUCAGCCGAAGGGGAGCCGCUACGAUCCUCCCCCGCCGCCACCCGAGAAGCCUUUCAGCACAUCUUCAACGGCAGCCCCUACGCCAAAACCAGCGCGGCGAUCUUGGCUCUCCUCCAGUACUGCUACUCCCAGCAUCACAUCGCGGUACCGCUGGCGAGCGUGCUUCACCUGUGCCCUUUCCCGAUUCUCGUCGUGGAUGGACCGAAGUACAGCGGCAAAACGUUGCUGACCGAUUUUUUGAGGGCGAAGUAUCGGCUUCUCUGCGUUUCGGAUGAGAGCCUGGUGCGACGGGCACUACAGGCUGCACAGGAUUUUGAUGCCAACCACGGUGCCGAGAACGUGGAGGGAGGUGAGGGCGAUAAUGGCAGUCGAACUUCAGCAGAGUGGAUCACGCGCGGUCAAGGCAUUCGCGACGACUUGCUAUCUGGUGGCGCGGUCAGCGCGAUGGCGGUGAGUGAGCUCCUCUUUCUCUACCUUAAAGAACUGCAGACGGACGGCGUGAGCUUGCCCUACGAUGCACUUCUCUUGGAAGGCGUGUUCCGCACUGCAGAGAGCUACAAGGUGGUCGCGCAGCGCUUCCGCAGUCUGCCGACGCACCCCUAUGCGUCGUUGAAGCGGCAGUGGAACUUGGUUGAGACCGAAAAAGUUGAAGGAGACGUGCGGGCUUCAGUGAGUAUGUUGAGCGAGACAAGCGCCGUUGCUGCAGCUUUGGCGGAUAUUCCAGAUGUGCUGCGUCUCGCGAGCCCACUCAGCUCGGAGCGCGACGCCCCCGUGAAGCAGGAGCCUAAGGCACGCCCGAUGAAGAAAGUUGACCUCGCGGCGCUGCCCCCCGCGGAGCUGCCAGAGGUGGACGAUACAAAGGAAGCUCAAGAAAAGGAAUGCGCCUUUGUGGCACAGGCAACGUCCGAACUCGCCUCACUGCCCACUGUCCUCUCUGGGGUGCUGAACAUCCGGUGCUCCCCUGAAGAAGUGUUCCGCCGCUUUGCCGGCUUGCGACUCGACUUGGAAACGGGCGCGGUCUACCACCUCACCUACAACCCCCCGCCGAAGGAGCGGCUGCUGCACGUGGUGAACAUGGGUCGGCCGGACAUGUCCUCUGUGGAGCUGUACGAGGCCGUCUUCCACCACCGGGAGGAGUGGGCGGCGGUGCAGCGAUGGCUCAGCCGACAGCCAGCCGGCUCCGUCUUCGCGCGCGUGUACGAGCUCGCUGGCGACGGCGCGCUCGAGCAACUGCAGCAGGACGCGCUGCAAGUGGUGGGACAGAACGUGUCGAAUUUCCGCAUCAGCCAAGAGGUCUUGGCGGCGCGUGAGGCCUCGAUGGAGCGGCUGGCAACGCUGGAGGCGACGGAGAAGGCGCAGAUCGCCGAUCGGGAGAGCGAGCGGGUGCGGCUGGCUGCCAUCUACAACGAAAAGGGAGCCCCGCUGCCGCCUCUGCUGCAGACGCCUGUGGAAGGCACAGGCCGGUUCAUCCCGACUUUUGGUGCGCCGGCUGCCGGCGUCAUCUUGCGGGCCGUGUCUGACUUUACGGAGGAGUACGGGGAGGAGUACGGUGCAAUGUGGCUGCGGGCCACGCACCUCACCAAGCUGUUGCUGGUGUACUUCAACGGUGCGGAGGAGCAGGUGGCGGCCUACUGGAGCCGCCCCGACGACAAGCAGGUAAUCCUGCAGCGCUGCCAGAACUGCCUCGACGGCGUGCCGGCCCAACUGCGUGCGCUGGCUGCCUGCAAGGCGGAGCUGCAUCUCCUCUUAGACAAUUUGUACGACGCGCUGCACCACUGCAUUGAGCAGCGGGACGCGGAGGCGAAAGGGCUCAUCGACACGCUCUGCAACCCGGCCAGCUUCCUCGCCGGGUGGGAGACGCUGGUGUGCCAGGAGUUCACCCGCCUGUUGCAGUGCGAGGCAGACCGCUUCGUGCUCGCCCUGCACCUCUUCACCUUCUUCUACGGCACCAUCACCGGCGAGCCGCUCGCAUUUGACGAGGUGGACAUCGACGUGCCGGCGUUUACGGUGAACCCGGCGGACCGCCCGGCACACAUGACCGCCGCCUCGGCCGAGGGGUCGGCCGCCUCGGCCAACAGCGGCUCCCGCCCCGGCAAGGAGAAGCGGGCCGCGGCGUCCAAGAAGACACACAGCAAAGCCGCCGAGGAGCAGUCGGAGAAGUCGGCGGAGGAGCAGUUUGCAGAUGCGGCGCAGGGCGUGCUCAGCGGCGUCACCUCCGUCACGGAUAAGCUGAAAGGCGUCUUGGACGCGCAGGUGCGAGGGCAGAAACGCAACGGUGGCGGCGGCGGCAACGCGGGGGGCGGAGGCAGUGGCGGCGCCGGCAACGCGGGGGGCGCAGCGACGGCGCACUUUUUGUCCGUCACGGCGAAGUGUCUGGAGGUGAUGGAGGCGGAGAAGACCGUCACGACGGGCCGCGUGGUUGCCAUUCAGACAUUUGUGCAGACGCUGCUGCGCGAGGCCGAGACGCACGCCCAGCAGCGUCGCGCCUAUCUCGAGUCGACGCUCGUGACGCAGAUGUCGAAGGAGGCGGCAGCGGUGAACACGGCGGUCUACGUGCUGCGCAGCUGCGUAGAGACGGAGAGACGGAGCCCAAAGAUGCACCUCGGCUGCACCACCUUUGCAGGCGCGGAGAGCGGCAUCGACGGCAAUGCCCGCCCGUUGCAUGGGUCGGCUGAGUUGUCCCUCAGCCCGUCCGGCGGCAGAGGCGCCGGCAGGGGCGGCACGGUGGCGCGGCGCAGCUUCAUUACCGACGUGCCGCUGUCGUCGCAGCUGCGGGACCCGCAGCUCACGCUGCACCCGGGGCUGACAGCUGCACGGCUGCUCGAUCUUAUUCAGCAGUUCCGCUGCGUAGCGCCAGACUACCAAUUGAGCCGCUUUGACUUUUCCGUGCUGAUACGCGAGAGCGACUACGCGGAGGCCGUGGCGACACGUCUGGACACAGCCCACAUGGAGCUCAAAAACGGUGAGGAGGUAUUUCACGCCUUCGACCCGCUGCUUUCCGGCUUUCUUGAUUGGAGAGAUCUAGUAGUACAUCUGCUGUUUUGGGUGGUUCCGGCAUCGCCCAUUAUGCCAGCGCCGUCCACGUUACACGCCGCGGAGGGGAGGAAGACGACGACCACGCCGAAGGGUGGCGGCAUGCCGGAGGUGACGUUGCAGGAUCUCCUCGACACCCGCCUCAACCUUGGCGCUGCCCCUCUCACAGAGGAGCAGUUCUUUGACCUGCCCUUCUUCUACGAUCGCUACCUGGACGACACCGCGCUGGAGGCGUACACGCGCGUUCUCUGGAGCACCUUCUGCGACUCCGCCACCCAGACGGUCGAGCCGUAUGUGCUGCUUGGAUUCCUAUGCGCCGACCCGCAGCCGAUACGCGGCACACAAAAGGCGUUCCAGCUCCUCUCCCCGCUCAACUCUGCGGGUCGCGUGGCGCUUGACGAGAUGGAUGCACUCUGCCAUUUGAAAGCGAACAACGCACGGGCGAUGAAUCAGCUGGACCCGUGUAGCAAGGCGAACCUGCGUCUUCUCUUCGGUGCGAUGUCCACCCUCGCAUUUGAAGACGUGUGCCUCUCACCGCUGGGCCGCAAGAUGCUCAACCACGCUGACCUCUACCGUCGCCGUACCUUCGUGAAGCGAAAGCCACUUCCAUAA